UAAAGGGUAGAAUGAAGGGUUGAAGUGGGUGGUGUGUGUUGUGGUUUGUUUUUCUGAUUUUUGUAUUUCAGAGUGCCUUGGCGUUAUUUAUUCCGUUAAAUUGUAUUUAUUGCAGUUCGUUAAAACAUGGAUUUAAGUACUGUUUUAUCAAAGGUGGAGAGCAGAAGAGAAAGUAGCAAUGAAGAAGAAAUUGAAAGUGUCUUGCGGGAAUACAACAGAGAGAACAGUCGAACAUUCAGUUUUGACCCAAAAGAAGAAGAAAAGCGAAAGAAACUGUGCGAGGGACUGGUCAGAAUCUUAGGGAAGGAUGUACAGGCUUCUUGCCAAACCAUGUGCCUGGAGACAUUGCGUAUUCUUUCACGGGACAAGAAAGUUCUGGGGCCUGUGGCAACCAAACAAGGCAUGUUAGUCUUGGCUCAGUUGGCCGCACUUCAAGGCACGGGUGAAUCGGUUCCAGAGAUUUUAGAGGUGGGGCUGGUGGUCGAGGCGUUGAAAUGCCUCUGUAAUGUGAUUUUCAACAGUGUGGCAGCACAGCAGCUGAGUGCUGAGAUCAAUCUUGCUUCGGGGCUGUGUGCCCGCCUGAGGAUGUACACAUGCCAGGGACUAAGUCAUGAGGUAGCACUGUUCUCACUGCGCCUCCUUUUCCUGCUGUCAGCACUGCGCACAGAUGUGCGAUCAUGCUUGAGGCAAGAGCUGAAGGCAGUAGACCUAUUGAUUGAAAUCCUGGAGCACAUCCUCAGUAUAAAGUGGGUAGGGAAAUAUGAAGUUGCAACAGAUCUGGAGGCUCCACCCUUACCCCUAGAAGACAACGAGCGCACAAUGGAGGCUCUGAAAACCCUAUUUAACCUCACUCUGUCAGAUUUCAAUGAUGAGGAUGGUGCCCACCAGCUUCGCCUCAUCACUGCCAUCAUGCGCCAUAUUUUGAUGAUAAAGACUCAGACGGAGGACAAAACAGAGGAAUUGCACAGCCACACCAUCAAUCUGCUAAGCAACAUUCCUGUUUUGUAUCUGGAGGUGAUGAUCAGUGUUCAAAGCCAGGGAGGAAUCGAGGAGUACAGUGGGAAGAACAUGGAGGUCAUCCAGGUCUUACUGGAUUUUAUGGUAAAGAGGAUAGACAAGGGCUCCAAUUUUAAAGAAGGACUUACCCCCGUGUUUAGCCUAAUGACCGAAAGUGCCAGACAUCACAGAGAUAUCAGGAAAUUUAUUAAAGCUCAGGUUCUACCUCCACUAAAAGAUGUAAAGAACCGCCCGGAAGUGGGAACAACUAUCCGAAACAAACUUGUGCGUCUCAUGACACACGUAGACACUGGCGUGAAGCAAAGUGCUGCUGAGUUCCUUUUUGUGCUCUGCAAAGAAAGUGUUGACAACUUGUUAAAGUACACUGGCUAUGGCAAUGCCGCGGGGCUCCUGGCUGCUCGAGGACUGUUGGCAGGAGGAAGAGGGGGAGGCCAGUACUCUGAAGAUGAAGAUUCAGAUACAGAGGAGUACAAAUCGGUAAAACCUUUUAUUAAUCCUAUCACUGGUCAUGUUGAAGAACCAAUGCCAAAUCCCAUUGAGGAAAUGACUGAAGAACAGAAAGAAUAUGAAGCCCUCAAACUAGUCAACAUGUUUGAUCAGCUUUCCAGGCAUCAGAUUAUUCAGCCGAUGGGAGUGAAGCAGGAUGGCACAAUAGCCCCUUUGGCGGAGGCAGUAAGCCAGUGUAACAUGGAAAGUUGUAGCUCUGACUCAGAUUAAUGUGCCACCUGCUUGACUGGUCAGCGUGGCUAAUGUCCAGGUACUUCUGCUAUUUCUCCACAUGUCAGUCUCCUUGUUCUGGAGACCCUGCGCUUGCAUCUUAACCUUUAGGGUUAAUGUGUACGGAUUCUUCUGGUGGGUCCCCAAUUCUUUUGUAUGUGUACCUUCAAAAAAAGGUUAAAUAAACUGAAAGAGGGAGGGGUAAUAUAAAAUUAAUAUUUCUAAAUUGGAUAGCCUUUUUAUUUGCAGCAUGUACAUUGUUCUUGAAUGAAAGAAUGUUUGUAUUUAAAGUGGUAGGGCUGUGACUGUAGGAAUAAAUAUGGUUAUUUCAAUAUAAAUAUCCAUACAGCAAAAAAAAACUCAGAAUAGAUUUAGAAUUAGCAAAUUAGUACAAUGUUACAGCAGUAAAAAAAAAAAAAAACGAGACAUAUUUAUUAAUCUCUCUCACAAAAUAGAUUUUAUUGAUGGAUCUUCCUGUUAAUGGUGUUUUCUUUUGUUUUGUUUUUUUAAACAUCUGUGUAGCCACCUGCUGGUCAGUCUGCCUUACCACAUUUGAGUUACUUAUUUGUUUUACCUUGUUACUUAUUCAUAUGUGUAGAGUUUAUUUUACAUUUAUUUUAAAAUAGGGAUAAAAUCGGUUCUGGUUUCUCAUUAAGUUUAAUGUCCGUGGCAUGGUUGAUUAAGCAGAAUAUGUGCAAGUUGAAACCACGUUUUCCCAGGUUAGCUCGUACUUUGAAUGUCUGGGCAAUUGCUGUGCUGAUGAAAGUAGUAUCUACAGAAGGUGUGAACAUGACAUAAGCACAAAACAAGCCAGGUUAAUUGACAGAACUGGGCGGUGCAAGCAAUCGGGAGACGUGUCAAAAAUCACACUGGACAUUUCCAUCAAUGCCUUCCAUAAGUUUACCAACUAAAGCAUCAUCAUUUUCUGUC